AUGAAAACAUAUCGAAAGCAAACAUAUACAUACAAAAUUCAUUGAUUUUGUCAACGUAAAACAUAUAGCGCACGGCAUAUAGGAACUCCAAUUGGAAUUCCCGAGUGAAGUUAAUCGAAUUAGAAACGCUGGAGCGGAGCGGCAAGUGUGCGGCGGCAAUGCGAACGGACUGAAGUUGGAAGCCCCAAAGCGAAGGCUUUUUACCAGGGCCGCUGUCCAAUCAGAACGCUGCUCCCAAUCAGAAGUGGCAGGGGGCGGGGGGCACUACCGAAAAAUCCGGAUACGGGGGGAAGUAGUGUGUGGUGUGGUGUGCUGUGUACGGAAAAGGAAAACCAAUCGAGUGGGAAAGGAAAGCCAGCAGCGGUGAUGGGAAAAUGACCAGCACUGCGGCACCACUACGGAUACGGACCACGGACCACUAGCGGAUACGGAUACGGCCGUAAAAUGCCCCGGAACACUUGCAGGCCAAGUGAAUGUGCAGCAGCUAGCCAGGAUGAGCCGGAGGCGAAUGCGAAUAAUAAUAAUAACAACAACAAUAACAAUGAGGGCAUCAUCAAGCAGGAACUGGAGGCAGCUCCGCCGGUUUGCCACCGGAAAUCGGAGCGCCGGAGAGUGGCCCGUGAUAUCUUCCUGGUCUUCGAGGAGCAGACCACCCGGCGCCGGGGGAAGGGGGCCAAGGGCAAGGCCACGAGGGCCAAGCAAAAGUUCGGGCACCUGAAGGUGGCCAACACGCCGCGCAUCAACAAGAAUGUGCUGCGCGAGAUCAAAACGGAACCAAAGUGCAGCCCGGAAGCAGUUGUCCCGGCUGCUGUACCAGCUAUCACACCCAUUCCCGCACUGAAUCCCAAAGUUCCACAACCCAAUCCCCUCCUGGUGGAGGAGCAGCCAGCCAAAUCAUUGCCGCGUGCGGCUGCCGUGAAAUUGGAAACCAAAACAACAGUCACAUCCACAGCCACUGCAUCCAAUGUUGUGGCACCCAAGCGGAUAAGUCCCAAGCCCAAGGCUCCAUCCGCUGGGGAGGAGGAGCAGAAGAAGGAGGUGUCGGUGCCAACUCCUGCCCCUCCAUCACCAAUCUCUCAGCCCGUUCCCGCAUCCGCACCUGCACCCGCCACAACGCCCACGACGCCCAGCGUCAAUCCCAUCUUCCUAUGGGUCAAACAGGACGACACGCGCAUUGUGGAGGUGCGCUGCGAGGACUACGACAAGCGGAACCGGAUACGCCUGACCAAGACGACCGAUGGCUGGCGCUCCAUGCCGCGCACAGAUGCUUCCUCAACUAGGAUAGUCAAAUUCUUCCAUGGCUCCGCCGCGCCUUUAAUGAAGGUCAAGCGCGAGCAGCACCUGCAGCGCCUGGAGGAGGAGGAGCAGCAGCAGCAGCAGCACCAUAAUCAUCAUCAUCAUCAUCAGCACCAGGAGCUGGAACCGUUAGAGGAUCACGAGCGGGAACAGGACCAGGCGGAGCAGCAGUUGCCCUCCAUGGCGCAGAAUCUGCUGCACGAUUGGGAUGACAGUGCCACGCAAUUGCCAGACGAGAUCGAAGAGGAGGAGGAAGAGGAGGAGGAGUUGGAGCAGGAAACCGAUCCUACAGCACAUCAGAAUGGCCACCUGACCACUGUGCUCGAGGAUGUGGUGGUGCUGCCGCCGGUCCAAGAGCCGGAGACGGCGCCCACGCCCUGUUUCGAUGGUUUACUGGACAGCGAGGAGACCAAUGCCUCAACCAAGGCCACCAAGACCAACACGCCCACAUAUCAGAGCUCCACGCCCUCGCCGCUGCAAAUGCAGCUGUGUCCCAAGACGGGUCUGUUCCUGCCCAAAGGAGAUCUUGCCCUGGUUCAGCUUCCCGAGGAAGAUGCCCUGCAUGAGGAGGAGGAGGAGGACAAGCCGAUGGCCGGAAACGAUCAUGUGGAGUGCUUCGAUGCCAAUACCAAGAAUCUGAAGGAUCUGCUGGACGAUGCCGAUGAUCUGCUCCAGAAUUGCAGCAGUGAUAACGGCAGCAGUGGUGCCGAUCUGCUUGACUCGCUGGUCAAGCGCAGCUGCGAGGAUAAUCUCGUCCAGGAGAGCAGCACCGGCAGCGGGAACAAUCCGCAGAACUCCUCUUCGUCCGGCGACGAACUGAGUUCCUUCUGUGUGCCCGAUCUCGAAAAGGACCUGCCCAGCAUUCUCAACAUGGACAACGAUGAUGCGCCCAAGUGUCUGUCCUUCAACGAGGCGGGUGAGAUUGAAGGUCUGAACGGAGAACUCUUCCUGGGCAUCGAGGCUUUCGAAAAGCAACAGGAAGCGGUGGCCACCGAGCCGGAGCCCCAACCGCCCACUCCAGCCACCGUGGAACUAACCCAAACCCCCACGCCCACACCCACGCCGGAAAAGGAGAAGGAUAAAUCCGGCGGAGCGGACGAGACGCCGAAGGAUCUGAGCUACAAGAAGCGCGAGGAGGUGUGUCCGCCCUCGGAAUCGCGUAGUCAAUGUGCGGUGACCUCCAGCUCGGAUAUACUCAAAUCUCCGGACCGGGAUCUGCAGUUGCCGGCCAACUCCAUACCUGCCGAGGUUGAGACCACCUCGGAAACCAUUAAAAAUCUCAUCCUAGAGCAGUUCCUCAAGCUGAACAACAAUCCCCAGCAGGCGGAGCCCAUGGAUCUGGGCAAAGCGGGUCGCGAUGGGAAACUCGAAACUGUCGUCAUCGACGACGAGGAGGAGGAGUCCAGUCAGCCGUUGAAGAAGCGUUCCAAGGCCAGCAUCAAGAUGGACAAGGAUCCGGACGCACUCACCCAGCUAAAAAUGCUGAUUAGCAAUCCGCAGUGGAAGGUCCCAGACCCGAUACUCGUGCCAAAGGAUCGCCUGGGAGCGGUGUUGGCCUCUCCAGCGCGUGAGAUUCCACUGUUGCUGACCACCAGGCCGGAAUUGCGUCUUCCCGAGGCCUUUGCCUAUCCGGAGAUCAUCCAGAAUCCCAACAUUCUGGUGGUGACCAUGGAGCAGCUGGAGGCCAUCCUUCAAACGGAAUCGGAUCAGGCGGCCAAGGCGACAAAAGACCCGGAUCCGGUGAUCGUGGUGCCGAGCAAGCCGAGGAGUCCCAGUCCCAAGCAGACCCUGCCCAAGCCCUUGCCUGCUCAACCCAAACCACCAGCAGCUGUUCCAGUGGCACCCACUCCGCCCUCGCCGGCGGACUCCAGCCUUUCCACGGAUCUGAAUGCCACCACGCUAGCGCUGCUGCAACAGAUGCUGUGGCUACCCUACUUUGGCCAGCUGUCGCAGGAGAUCUUCAAGACUAUCAAGGAUCCACUGGGACUGCAGAGGAAGUUCAUGAGCAAUCUGCUGCCACUGUACAACAGCCAAUUCGGAUUGCAGCAUCUGGACGAGCUGUACAAGCAAUGUAUGAAACAAAAGCCGACGGAGGAGCAGCAGCAGCAGCCUAAGGUGCCCACUCCAGUAUCGCCUCCGGCGGCAGCUCCUCCUCCUCCACCUCCUGCCCAAAGUACGGCCAGCGGAUCGAACGCUUUCAAUGGCUUCACCAAUCCGGUGGAACUGGCCCUCAUGCAGAAACUGCUACAGCCGCAAUUGCCUCAGUUCCUCAACUGGGAGGCGGCAAAGGAGGCAUCAUCAUCCACAUCCUCCGCCGCCUCGCAUCAUCAUCAUCAGGAGCACAAACGACCCCGAAGGGAACCGGAAACGGAGCCCAUCUGCAAUUUUACCAAAUCCAAGCCGGCAUCCGGUGCUCCAAGUACAUCUGCUGCUCCACAAGCCACUGCUCCUGCCCCGGUGGCCACCACUGCUGCUGCUCCGGCGCCAGCGCCGGCGGAGCACAAACCCAGACUGACCAUUAAAUCGCUCUCAAACCUUCUGGAACCGGAGGCGAACGUGGUACCCCUGCUCAACGUGCCCUUCGACGGAAUGCGAGGACGUCCCUCCCUGCACAAGUCGACGCCGGAUCAGGUCAAGGUUGACGCUGGAACUGGACGCACCCUGCGCUCCAGCAAGGCCUGCGUCACCUACAAUCCCCUCGAGCAGGCCAAGCAGCAGAUGCAUGCGGUUGCUGGAUCACAGCAGCAACGGAAGCGUGGCAACAUGCUCGCCCAGGAUGUCCAGCAACAACAACAGCAGCAGCAGCAACAAUUUGCGGAUGCGGCGGCGGCAGCCGGAAUGGAUGCCAACUCAGCGCUGUGGCAUCCACUCUUUGGAAGCAACCCCAAGCAGGGCUACAACAGCCCGUGGCAGUGGACUACGGUGACGGCUUCUGGCGAAUGACAGUCAAGCCGGGCUCACAAGGAGCCAGCACCUGCAACGGGAACAAGGACGGCCAGCUACGAGGAGCAGCAACAGCAGCAGCAGCAGCAACAGCAGCAGGACUACAGCAACUACCAUGCCUCGGCCAAGCAGCAACAGCAACAGCAAACACAACUUCCAGCAGCCAACAAUCAAAAUCACAGCAACAAUAGUAGCAAUAAAUUUUGUUAUCCUACGGCGGCGGCCAUGGAGAAUAUGUUCCAGAACAAUCAGAUGGCGGCCGCCGCCGCCGCACGUGAAUCGCUGCUGAAUUCUUAUCUGUAUCAGAAAGAAGGCGAUCCCGGCAGCUAUAUGUCGGAGCAGAGCUACUGGCAACAGCAGCAGCAACAACAGCAGCAUCAACAACAACAGCAACAUCAACAGCAGCAACAGCAACACCAGCAACAACAGCAACAUAAGCAACUCCAGCAGCAACAGCAACAGCAGUGGAGCGGCAAUAACGGCAGCAACAACCAAAGGAGCAAUAACUAUGCCAACAACUAUGCGGCGGCAGCAGCGGCAUCCAUGUACAUGCAACACUUCAAUCCCUACAUCCAACAAAAGGCGGCAAUGCUGGCGGAGAAGGCCGCACAGGCGGCGGCGGCAGCGGCGGCGGUCCAAAACAAUAAUGGGAGCAACAAGCACGGUCGCUUCGGCGGAGACUACGGCUAGAGUCCACUGGGAUCACGGUUCAACCAACCGGAUCGACAACACUUGCAUAUUAACAUAAACAUAUAGGCAUAUAUAACACUUACGUGUAAUAAUAACUAUAUAUUUAGAGGCAUCGUAUAGGCCGUUUUACCGCCAGGAAUUGGUAAAGGAUAAACCAUGAUUUUCCUUUAAUUUAAUACACAGGAACAGCAACAACAAGGUAACCGGAAAGCAACAACAAUAAUUUAUAAACAACAAACAAGGAGAAAAACAAAAACAG